AUGCAAUUUAUUUCAACCCUGCAGUCGACAGUUUCAUUUAUACAGCGUUGUGUGGUGGUCACCCGUCAGGUGGAUGGCUACGGCCUCACUGUAACAGGCGAUCACCCGGUAUUUGUUCAUACUGUUAAACCUGAUGGUGCUGCAUUUCAUGCUGGUGUUAGACAGGGUGAUAAAAUUUUAAAAGUUAAUGGAAUGCCUGUUACUGCUUCUAAUCAUCUUGAGGUGGUUCGAAUGAUUUCUGGAGGCCAAACGGUAGCGCUAACAUUAUUAGGACCACCACCGGAAUCUCUUACAUUGGAUGUUCGAGAAAUUUUACAAAUGCAAAAUCAUGAAAGUAGACCGGUUAUCACUGAACCCAUACUUAUCGAGAACGAACGGAAAGAUGAAUGGAAGCGAAAAAGAGUGAAAAUUAUUCGACAAAUGUUGGAAGAGGAACGUCAACACGUUGAAAGUUUACGCGAAACAUCGGUAGAAGGAAUACAAUUGGAACGUGCUCUGCAACGUAUUGAAACCCUGCAAAAUCAACUUAAAAAUAUGGAACCCGCUGUAACUCAGGAAAAAUGGACGGUGAACAGUAGUGAUAUGCAUUUUGUUCAUCCAAUGGAAAUUAUCACAAUGGAAGAAGAAACCGAUGAUAAUGGAACUGAAAUUCCAUUUAAUCUUGAAACUCAAAAACCUUUCUUGAAUUUUGCUGACCUCAAAAAGCAUCCAGCUCAUUUAGCCGCUUUCAUCAACUAUCUUUUAACAAAUGCCAAUCCAAGCAGUGUUUUUUUCUAUCUAAUUACGGAUGCUUAUCAAAAUUCAAAUGCUCUACCAAAAGAUUUACGAAAAUGGGCGUAUGAAAUUUUUUCGACUUUUCUCAUACCAAACUCUCCACUCUCAUGGGAUAAUAUUGAUCAAUCGUUAAUUCGAAGCAUGGAUAAGAUAUUAGUAGCAACUGCACAAGCAACCGAUAAUGAUAUUGAUCAACUGAUAAAGAUAUUUGGUGCUGCAAGAAAGAAAUCACUAGAUGAUAUUAAUGAACAUUUGGCGAAUUUUCGUCAAAAACGUCUCAUAGGUUUGGGAAGUUUAUUUGAUGCAAAUCAAUUGGCAUAUAUCAGUAAGGGUGAUACAGCAAUGGAAACACGGGUAGGUGAAGCAAUUCUAAUACGCUCACUGGAAAAUCUGUUAAAUUCGAUUAAUCAAGAUUUGGAAAAUUGUGAAUCACGAUCAUUGGCGAUUAUUUCUGCACUUGCUACAAUUAUAAAGGUUGUAUUAAAUAUGCGAUCAAAUACGAACGAAAAAAUUUUGGAUCGUUGUCCAACAUUUGUUACCAAGGAUAAGGUUGGUAUGUUCAGGAUGAAAAUGGUACCAAAACGAUCAAUUCAAAUUAAGGGCCAUCAAUUUAUGUUAACACCGGUUAAUUUAACCGUUUAUUGCUAUCAAUGUCGUGAUGCUAUAUGGGGAGUUAAUGCUCAAGCGUAUUUUUGUCAAAAUUGUGAUGUUGUUGUGCAUAAGCAAUGUACAUCUUCUCUUCCUGAUCACUGUUAUCCGGCAAUUCAAAAGAAAACCGGAGCAAACAAAACAAAACGUACUAGUUCAGGUGGAAAAUGUGGGAGUGAAUCGUUUGAGUGUAGUAGCUCAUUAGCAGAUCAAACGCAUUCAGCAAUAUCGAUUGUCACCGAUAAGGAAUUACAUAGAGUCGAUAACAUUAAAUCUGCUUCUUCGGAUUCUGGAAUUGGUACGGAUAUGGAAAAACCAGUAUCCCGAUCACAAAGCAUGCGCUCUCGGGGUGAUGAAAUACAAGAUGGUCGACGUGGUCGAUCGGCAUUUUCUUGGGGAGGCGCAUUAGCACCACAAGAGGAAGGUGAAGAACGUCCGCGACGGGCACGAAGCGAUAUGGACAACGAAGAUAAAGCAUCACUGGUUACAUUAACCAGAUGUCCGCUUGAUGAUGUUUCGUUAUCAGGAAGUUCAUCCGUAUCCCAUGCUUCCGGAGGUGACGAUGAAGUUCGUAGAUUAAUAGAUAAAGUUGAGAAAAAUGCUGUUUUUGAUGGAGAUAGUGAUUUAGAGGUUGAAACUGAAGUACCCUCGUUGGAAAGUUUUGCUGGUUGGGAAAUUGUACGACGAUUGAAACCAAAAGAAAAGAAACGACAGGAAGUUAUCAAUGAGCUUUUUCAUACGGAAAGAACUCACGUGAGAAAUUUGAAAAUACUUUAUAUGGUAUUUUACAAACCGAUGAUUCUGCUAAAUAUUGUACCUCCAGAAGUUAUCAAAUUAUUCUUCCCUAAUCUUGAUGAACUGCUAGAAGUGCAUGGCAAUAUGUCUAGGAUGAUGAGGAAUAUGGUAGAGGAAUGGAAACGUGAUUGUAAUUUGAACGGUUUGUUGGGUGAUGUUGGUUUGCUGAUGGAAGAAUUAUUCGAUGGUGAAAACGGUGUAAAAUUAAUGGAAGCAACUGCAACAUUUUGUCAACAUCAACAGCAUGCAUUAGAUAUCCUAAGGCAACGGUGUAAAAAGGAGAAGGACGAUCAUUUGAGCAGAUUUUUGAUCGAAGCUGAAUGCAAUCCGUUGUGUCGUAAGUUACAACUAAAAGAUAUGCUUCCGGUUGAGAUGCAAAGGCUUGUCAAAUAUCCCUUAUUACUAGAAACUAUCGCCAAGUAUACGCAAGAACCAUCUGAGGAGCAAACAAAAAUUCUGAACAGUGUCAAUGCCGCUAAGAGGAUACUUUCAGCGGUGAAUACGGCGAAACGAAAUGCUGAAAAUUUGAGAAGAUUGGAAGAGUUGCAGAAACGUUUAGUUACAACAUCACACGAUCGUGAAAACUUCGGCAGUGACUUUCAUUCCUUCAAUCUGACAAACUACAAGCUAAUCCAUGAUGGACCACUUACUUGGCGUUGUAGUCGUAAUAAAAUGGUCGAAUUGCAUGUUGUGCUUCUCGAAAAUGUGCUAAUAUUGCUAACAAAAACGGGUGAUGGGAGCAAAUUACUUUUGAAAGUUCAGGAGCCAACAAAAGAUACACGAUGGUCUCCCAUAUUACCUUUGACAACAUUAAUUGCUAAGGAGAAAGCAAAUGAUAAGAGGGCUUUGUUUAUUGUAAAUACAAUGGAACGUGGUGCACAAAUUUAUGAAUUGGUUACUACAACUGCUACCGAACGGAAAACGUGGUUCAAACUGAUCUCAGAUCAAAUUGAUCUCGUCAAAUGUGAAAAUAUUAAUACACAACAUACUAUCGGCUCAUUCGGUAUCAAUACAACAGAUAGUGGUGGACAGUAUCAUCAAGAAGAUAUGGAUUUCUGUGAAAGAGUACAAAUUUCCACACAUCCACGACUUGUUAAUGCUAAUGAAAUAACAAUCCAACAACCUACAAUCCUUGAACAUGCUCAACCAAUUUUAACUCCAACAGAACGAUUACGACGUAAUGAUGAAUUAAUUAUGAAAGCUUUAAUUGAUAAGCAAACAAUAUUGGCCGAAUUUCUACCUGGAACAAAUAAGAGUAAUCUUAUUGAAUUGGAAAAAUUAACGGAACAACUAACGGGUAUGAGUGUUACGGAACUGAAACAACGUGAUGGUCAAGAAUUAGCGAUGAGCGCAAUUGUACAUGGGAAUCGUUUACUUGAUGCAAUAAAUCAAGGUCUAAGUGCACGCAAAGAUAUGGAUGAUUCGAAUAGUGGUGCUAUAGUGCUUAAAUUGGAUAAUGUUGAAAAUGAUGUACCAACAGUUGCUUGUUAUAAGUUAACCGCUAUCGCAGCACCAUUAAUGAAUCAUCUUAAAGCAAUGAUGCAAGUUAUUCAAGAUCAACAAAAUGAAAUCAAAACGAUCAAACAACAACUUCAUCAAUACAAAGAACUUGCAAACGAUAUAAAUCAAGUUGAUAAUAAGGAAACGAUAAUAGAAAAUAUUGAUGACUGUAAACAACAAGUAUUAUCGGAUGUUGAAGCAGAAAGGCGUAAACGAUUACAAACGAAACGACAACGUAAUACAGCACUAACACUUUCCGCAGCAUCUAUACAUCCUCAUUCGUCGACAAAUAAUUAA